AUGACUUCAAUUGAUCAACAAGGUUCUCUUCGUCUGACGCAAUCAAUAAUUGAUUUAUCGAAAUAUUCACAUUGGUUAUCAAUAUGUUUAACACGUUGUCGUGCACAUCCACCACAUACAUUUAUUCAUAUUCAUAUAUCAAUAUGUUAUAUUGCAGCUAAACAACCAUUAAAUCCUGCAACAACAUAUGAAUUUGAUGUUGAAGCAUUUACAGUUGCACAUCGUAAUGAUAUAUUAUCCGAUGGAAAUGAAAAUGAUGAUUAUAAACAUUCAAAUCGAGGGAAUAAUAUCAAUUAA